CUUUAGAGAGAGUUUUGUUCAGCUCUGCUCUCUGAUUCACCAUGAAGCUGUACGUGAUUAUUCCACUGUGUGCUCUGCUCACAUUCACCCAACAGGCUCCUCCACGAGAAAAGUGUGCAUGCGAGCUGAAUAACUCAGAGAAGGCAUUCCCUCAUGAAAAACUCAGGAUAGUUGAAACCAACGUAUCAGACUGCAACAGCAACAUCACCCCGCAGAAGACUGUGGAGCUGGAGAGUCUGCUGCUGGGGUUGGAGCGUCGUCUUUCCCAGCUGAACAAAGACGUGCUGAUCCUGGAGAAGGAGGAUGACGGAGAGCUGUAUGGAGUUCUCAGCUUGUAUGUUAUAGAGAAUGAAAUGACUGAGAUCAAGCAGCUGAUUGACAAGCUCAACAGCACCACCCAGCAACACCAGAUCCUCACUGCUAACGCCACUGAACAGCUGGGGAACUUUAAAGCAGAGAUGCAAGAGCUGGAGAAGUUCGACACCAUGCAGGUGAUAAAGGGACAACAAUUCAACUCUGCUCUGAAGGCAGAUCUAUUCAAGUGCAACAAAAAAAUGAACACUACCGUCACACCCACCGAGCCCCACAGGGUGAGUACCUGUCAACGCAGCCGGCUUCUGAAUGUCACUGGACCAAGGGUCUACACAGCAGGAGAAUAUCCUGGCUCGCACGCUUACGGAGCCUGGGGUCGUGAUCCCAGACCAGAGGAAGGCAAAGAGAGCUGGUACUGGCUGGUGAUGAUGACUUCGAGUAACAGAUACUCCAACUAUGUUCGUUUUUACAGCAGUCUGAGUUCUCUCAUCAUUGGAGUGAGCGUCCCAGGUAACGUCCAGAUCCACUCUUCAAACCCAACUACCAACACCAUCCAGGGUCCAAAUAAUGUUCUGUAUGGAGGGGCUUUGUACUACAACUGUUACAACCAAGAUUAUGUUUGUCGAUUUAAUCUCACCACUAAAAGUGUCACAACCUUACAACUACCAAAAGGCACCAGGUACAACUCAAAAGGUAACUUCUGCCAUCUUGAGGAAUGCUACCCAUACACUGACCUGGACCUGGCAACAGAUGAGUCUGGUGUCUGGGUGGUCUACACCACCACUCAGGACUUUGGCAACUUGGUUCUCUCCAAGCUAGAGGAGGGUGAAACACCAGUGCUUGGAAAGACCUGGCGCACUUCAGUCUACAAACAGUCAGUGACCAACACCUUCAUAGCGUGUGGCGUUCUCUAUGCGACACGUUACAUUAACAGGGAGGUCGAGGAGAUCUUUUACUCAUUCAACACCGUGACGGGACAGGAGAAGUUCAACAUUGGCAUCUUCAUGAACAAAAUGUCUCCCAACAUUCAAAGCCUAAAUUACAGCCCUGUGGACCAGAUGCUGCAUGCUUACUGUGACUCCAACAUGGUUUCCUACAAGGUGUUGUUUGGGUAAAUUGAUGUUGUUGUUUCAUUUCUGCAAAAUUGAUUGAUUUCUAUAAAAGUCUGAAAUUCAAAUAGGUGCUCGAGUAAAACAUGGUAUAGCCAACACCGUUUUUCCUCAAGAUGUUUCAUGUUUAAUGCAUCACAUUUCAUAAACAAUGUAUUUCUCCAUUAAGCUAAUUCAACCAGUGCAAAUAAAAGGUUCAUCUUUGCCUUGUACUCUCUUUAUUUAAUAAAAUCAAUA